CGCUUAAAGUGGUUCAUGACUUAGCAAGAUGUCUUCCCUGAAAGAAGUCGUUUCGAUGUACCAAACUCUCAUAAAAGACUGGAAUAAAAAGCCUGUUGAUCUAGAGAAAUGUGGCAAACUUUUGUCUGGGAUGAAGAUGGCUCUUAUCAAGUUUUCAUUCUUGCCAUUACCAUCAACUACAAAUAAACCACCCCAAAGAGAGCUGCUUCUGGCAAGAGAUAUUCUUGAAAUUGGAGUGCAGUGGAGUAUACUAAAGGAAGAUAUACCAUCAUUUGAGAGAUAUAUGGCAAUGUUAAAACCAUACUACUUAGAUUACAGGGGAAUCAUUGAAGAUUCUGCUUACAUGUAUCAACUACUUGGACUUAACUUGCUUUCCUUGCUAGCACAAAACAGACUAGCUGAAUUUCAUACAGAACUAGAACUUUUACCAGCCAAAGAGUUACAAUGUAAUAUCUAUAUAAGGCAUCCAAUAUCCCUAGAACAGUAUCUUAUGGAAGGAAGUUAUAACAAAGUUUUUCUUGCAAGAGGGAAUGUGCCUGCUGAUAAUUAUCAUUUCUUUAUGAAUAUUCUCUUAGGGACCCUAAGACAAGAAAUUGCUGCCUGCAUUGAGAAGUCCUAUCAAAGCAUAACUUUCUCUGAAGCAACAAGAAUGCUGUACUUUGAAGGAGGGAAAAACAUGAAAGAAUUUGCUGUCAAGCGUGGAUGGACAUUGACUACAGACAACCUGUAUGUAUUUGAAGAUGACAACAAGAAAGAAACAAGUUUAGAGUUGCCAUCUCAUAAAAUGACUCAACAUAUGCUAGAGUAUGCUAAAGAAUUAGAGAGAAUUGUUUAAAGUAUUGUAUAGAAUGUUCCCUGCUAUGUAAUAAGUAGUAAAUGAGUUCAAAUGAGUUAAUGUUUAUGUCAAUGUUUUAAACUCAAAAGGUAAUGUACACAAUGUGUGUUUAAAAACUUGUGACUUAAAAAUAAAUCCAGUUUCUUUGUCCAAA